AUAUUUUUCUGCCCAAAUGCUAGAAUUCACCAAGAAAGACUCCAAUCCAAAUAAAAAACAGACAUGAGCAUCAAAGGUUACUUUCAUCAUAUAUUAAUCCAACAUCAAAAUAACAUUUUACAAACAUAUCUUAUAUGCAUACCGUGGACAAAUUAGAAAUACAAAAAUAAGCCCUUAUUCUUAGUUCUUAUAUGAGAUCCAAUGAAUCACAAACUAACGAAGAGUGCAACACUUCUCUUCUCUCUUCCAUUUCCAACAGGUUUCUCACUCCUUUCUUCUCUCUCUAGACAUGUCAUCAUUUUAUUUCUCUCUGUAGCAAUUUGAUCCCUACACUCAUAUCAUGAAUUCCUUUGAAUCAAACAACCACCAUGUUCUUCCCGAUCCACCAAACCACCCCAUCAAAUCAAAAUUCAAAAAACUCGCAUUUCAAACAAUCCCCUUAUUGAUCUUAUUCACAGCAAUCUUAUUAGGUUUCACAACAACAAAUUACUACAAAAUUCUUUACUUUAAAUUCUCCCUCAAAUCAAAAACCCUUUUUACACCCCCAAAAACACUUUCCACACCCUCCCAUUGUCUCCUAUGGAUGGCUCCCUUUCUUUCAGGUGGUGGGUAUAGCUCAGAAGGUUGGUCUUACAUUCUAUCUCUUCAUGGUCAUACAAAAAUUCAGUCUUUUAGGUUAGCAAUUGAGCAUCAUGGUGAUCUUGAAUCUUUGGAUUUUUGGGAGGGUUUGCCACAAGAUAUGAAGAAUUUGGCUGUUGAAUUGUAUCAAACAAAGUGUAAUAUGAAUGAGACUGUUGUGAUUUGUCAUAGUGAACCUGGUGCUUGGUACCCUCCAUUGUUUGACACCUUUCCGUGUCCGCCGUCUUUUUACCGUCACUUUAAGGCUGUGAUUGGUAGGACUAUGUUUGAGACUGAUAGAGUGAAUGUUGAACAUGUCGAGCGGUGUAAUCGAAUGGAUUAUGUUUGGGUUCCUACUGAUUUUCAUAAGGCUACAUUUAUUGAAAGUGGUGUUAAUGCUUCCAAGGUGGUGAAGAUUGUUCAACCUAUUGAUGUGAAAUUCUUUGAUCCUGAUAAGUAUAAGGCGUUGGAUCUUGAUUCGACGGGGAAACUGAUUUUAGGUUCUGAAGUGAAGACGGGUUUUGUGUUUUUGAGUAUCUUCAAGUGGGAGUAUAGGAAAGGGUGGGAUGUGUUGUUGAAAUCAUAUUUGAAGGAAUUUUCAAAAGACGAUAGUGUUGUUUUGUAUUUGUUAACAAAUCCAUAUCAUACGGAGAGGGAUUUUGGGAACAAAAUUUUGGAUUUCGUUGAGAAUUCUGGUUUUGAAGAACCGGUUAGUGGUUGGGCUUCGGUCUAUGUUAUUGAUACACACAUUGCACAAAGUGAAUUGCCAAGGGUUUACAAGGCAGCAGAUGCUUUCGUUCUUCCUUCACGAGGCGAAGGAUGGGGAAGACCUCUGGUGGAAGCUAUGUCAAUGUCAUUGCCGGUGAUUGCUACGAAUUGGUCAGGACCGACUGAAUUUUUGACAGAAGAUAACAGCUAUCCAUUGCCUGUAGAUAGAAUGAGUGAAUUGAUGGAAGGUCCAUUCAAGGGACAUCUUUGGGCUGAACCUUCUGAAGAUAAACUUCAGGUUCUUAUGAGGCAAGUGAUGGAUAAUCCGGCUGAGGCUAAAGCCAAAGGUAGAAAGGCGAGGGAGGAUAUGAUAAGACAGUUCUCACCUGAGAUUGUGGCAGACAUUGUUGCAGACCACAUACAAAACAUACUAGGAAGUACAUGAAUGUUGUGGCUGAAUUUAAUAUGAAAGGCAACAAGUUGAUCAAAAAUGAAUAAUGGGUUUGUGAAGAGAUUUGAAGAUUCCUAAUGAAGUUCAAUCUAUGACGACCGGAAGGCCUGUGUAAAUCAAAUGAUUUUCCAAAGCCGUUCAUAAAUGGGCUACUGAGGAAACACAAAAUUACUGAACUUCAAGUAUUUACAUAAAUUUCCAGAUUCUUCGAAAAGAUACCGGUGACACCAAAGCUUAUGUAGCCAUAUUUUAAAAUCAACAAAAGAAAAAUGAUUUGAACGGUUGAAACAUGAAAUGGUUAAGGACACUAUCAUGCUUGAGGGCAAACAUAUUUGCUGAAAACCGCUCUCUUUCUAGCUGGAUUAGGCUCCAUAUUGUUCCUAAAUUUUUAUUUAAAAUUGUCAGCAUUCCUGAAGAGAAAACAGAUGUUGAAGUAUAUCAGAUCCUUCAUGAAUCGCUCCGGGAAGUUAUUUUUCCAUCACUAUGAAUGAAGAGAAUAGUUGUGACUAGCAUAGUUUGGUACCAACUGGGAUAUGUUUUUUUAUGAUAAGUACCAGCUUGGAUCUUGAAUGUAGAUUCAGAGCACCUGAUCUUUACUAGCAGAUUCUUUUGGGACUUAGUGCAGAGGGUUAGAAUUUAAUUUCUGUUUUGCUGUCUUUUAUUAUCUAUUGUUAAACAUAAGAAAGAUAGUGAAGUAUUCACCCAUACUCUUAUCUUAUGUCUACACUAAAUUUUUUCAUUUAUAUAACCUGUUUGGGUAUUGCUUUGAUUUACAAAAA